GGAUAUGCCAUGAUACGGAGGACUGCGGAGGCAGACCUGCCACGCCUGAGGAGAUACGAGGUCCCAAUUAGGAGAGUAGCCAGAAACCUCUGCUUGGACCCAGCGCUCAUCGGUGGCAUCAUGUCCCAGGAGAGCCGUGUGGGCCUGCUCCUGGACAACGGCUGGGACCGGGCACGGCAGAAGUACGGCCUGAUGCAGAUCAGCAGGCAGCAAGCAGAACCUUCUGUGACGUGGGAUAGUGAAGAACACAUAAAUCAGUGCUCAAAUAUCCUGGUUCUUUCCAUUAAUGAAGUACGGGCCAGACAUCCUGCCUGGACUUGGGACCGGCAGCUGAGAGGGGGACUCUGCACCUACCGUGCAAAAAUGGACAACGUCCAGGUCUACGAGGCAGACCCAUGCAGCAGCGACUACAGCUACGCCAACGGCGUGAUUAGGCGAGCCCAGUACUUUAAGAGAAAUGGGUCUGGCAAACAGUACCAUAAGAUUGGAGAGCCAUGGGACACUGAAGAGCACUUAGCACAAGACACAGAGAUUUUAUACAGGAUGAUAACCCGAAAAAAAUCUCCAUCUUGGACAGAGGAACAGCACCUCAGAGGUGGGAUCUCAGCCUAUAAUGCAGGAGUUAACACUGUCCAGACCUAUGACAAAAUGGGUACUGGCAAAACACACAACUAUGCCAAAGAUGUGGGUGCGAGAGCCAGGUUUUAUAAGAAAAAUGGAUAUUGA